AGAUAUCCAGUCGACCAUUCAUGGCCACCGUGAAUGGCUUCCUGUGUGCGCUGGGUGUCAGCAGGGCGGCCUACCUCGUCAUCGAGCAGUACCACCUUCAGGAGGUGCUGCCCGAGGUGGUCUCACGCCUUCUGUGGGACGUCGGCUUCCCCUGUCUGCUGGCAGCCUCUAUCAUCAUUCAGUACACGUUCUCUGAGCUGUCCCAGAUGAGUUUCGGGCCGGCGUUCCUGCGAAGGCGGCCGUUCCUGUCCAGUGUCAUCUGCGGCCAUUUCUUCACCGUGCUCAUCACGGACCUUAUCGCGGGCCUGGAGACGGAGGCCACGGCUCUGCUGUAUAUAUCCCAGACGGUGUUUAUCGUUUGGUGUCUUUUCAUCCACACCACCUUCCUCUUUAUCGGAUACAAGGUGCUGCACAUGUUGAACGAGCUGCCGUCCAGCGCCUUCAAUAACGGCACAGUCGACACCAACACCAAAGGAAUCAUGCAGCUGGCGCUGCUGGCGAGGUGCGGUAACAUCGCCAGUUCUGUGAUCGCCUCCGGUGGCCAGCGGACGGCGGCGCCGCCACCCAAAAUCCGCAUCACAGACGAAAACGAGCGGACAGUCAGCUUCCACAGCGAGACGGCCAUUACUAGUGCAGAGCCAGAGCAACCCGCUCCGGCUGCCGAGGAGACCCCCAGCUGCGAGCGGAGACCGUCUGACCCCGUGGCUCCCGUGCGGCGGCCGCUCCGCCCCACGGGCAGACGCUGCAGCGAGAGUGCGGCGACCGGCCGCAAGGCGGCGCUAGCGUCGUCCGAUCGCAGCCGCAGCCGGUCAUGCUGCGCCCCGAGUGAGCCGGACUCUCUGGAGACCAUCUCCCCGGCCCCCGCUCCGCCGGCACCGGCCGCCAGCCGUCCCAAGAGGCCCCCGCCGCGCCCCGAGACGACGGCCAGAAGCUCCCUGCUGCCGACAGCCGCGCCGCCGCGAGACUCGAUCGUCUCGACGGAUAUCACCCUGCAGACAGUGCUCAAUCACAUUGCGUACAUCAGUCACCCGACCACUGUGCGCAUGUCGCCCAAAUACCAGGUGCGGCGGAUCCUGAAGGUGACGUACACCACGGCGCUGCUCGGCGUCCUCCUGUCCGCCGUGUACCUCGCGCUGCUGUACGCCCGGCCUGCCAUCGGCUCCACCACCUGGCUUCUGCUGGAGACGGCGGCGCGCUCUGCAGAGUUCUUCAUGGGCUGCUGCAUCGCUAACAUCACCAAACAACCUGUGCAGAGGAGCGGCGGGAUGCUGCGCCAGUACCACUGA